AGAAAAUGGCGUUUCCAAGCCAGCUGCUCAUCGGUAUGGGCAUUAAAAUUGUGAUUAUUAUUCUCACAAUUGUCACACUGAUCCUCCUGGACCCAGCAUAUGUCACCGCAUACAUCUCAAUUAAUUAUGACAUUGUCAUCAUUUAUAUUGUCUCUGCACUGACACUUCUCUACUGCCUUGUCUCAAUUCUCAUGUCAUUCCUUUUGGCAAAACGUGGAGAGGAUACUCCGCUAACGAAUUGUGGAUUUGCGGAAAUCAUCUUCUCAACUGCUGGAAUUAUAGGAUGGCUUAUCAUUAUUGGAAUUGGUGGCACAAUCUCUCAGAGAACAAUUAUUGAAACUGGCGAACGAUUUGGAUGGAUUGGGGCAAUGGCUGGACUCAACGUUGGAUGCUUCCUCGGCAUCGCUGCCAUUUUCGUUGCAAAUCUUGUCAACGAUAAGAUUCUACAGCGCUCGCAAAAGUUCAAUAAAUACGAUCGUGGAGUUUACGUGCAGUAAUUCGGCAGAAGUCUUGGGAUUUUUUAUUGCUCAUUUUCAUGUAAAUUUCUAAUACGAUCUACUUAUAUUUAUUCUUUUUUUUUUGUUCCAUUUAUCUCGAAGGGAUCUUAUAAUUGCGUUUUUGUUCAUUUUUUGGAAUUAUUGACAAAAAUUCUAAUAAAAAAUUUACCGUACAUUUU